UAUUACGGCCUAUAACCACGCAGGGAUGCUUUGACGUCAGUCGGAAUCAGCCAAUCAUAACAAGUGGGAGGGGUUUAAUCAGGCCUACUCUCUUCUAGGCUAAGCAGCGGGGUCAGCUCCUAGCACACGUGGAGGUGUAGCCGGCAGAGAGCAAAGACAGCACCAUGACAGAACAGGAUGUUGAAAACGAGUUGUUGGACUAUGAGGAAGACGAUGAGCCCCAGGCCCCCACCGAGACCCCCGCUCCAGCCGGCCAGAAGGAAGUUAAAGGCUCCUAUGUGUCCAUCCAUAGCUCUGGCUUCAGAGACUUCUUGUUGAAGCCUGAACUGCUGCGAGCCAUUGUGGACUGUGGCUUUGAGCACCCGUCUGAAGUUCAACACGAAUGUAUUCCUCAGGCCAUUCUUGGCAUGGACAUCCUCUGCCAAGCCAAAUCUGGUAUGGGGAAGACCGCGGUGUUCGUCCUGGCCACUCUUCAGCAGAUUGAGGCGGUCGAAGGACAAGUCUCUGUCCUGGUGAUGUGCCACACGCGUGAGCUUGCGUUCCAGAUCAGCAAGGAGUACGAGAGAUUCUCGAAGUACAUGCCAACAGUGAAGGUUGCUGUAUUCUUCGGGGGGCUUGCUAUAAAGAAGGAUGAAGAGACAAUACGCAAAAGUUGCCCUCACAUCGUGGUUGGAACGCCAGGUCGUAUCUUGGCUCUUGUUAGACAGAAGACGCUCAGUUUGAAGAACGUCAAGCACUUUGUCCUGGAUGAAUGUGACAAGAUGCUGGAGCAGCUGGAUAUGCGUAGAGAUGUUCAGGAGAUCUUCCGUCUCACCCCUCACGAGAAGCAGUGCAUGAUGUUCAGUGCCACACUGAGCAAGGAGAUUCGUCCGGUCUGCAGGAAGUUCAUGCAAGAUCCUAUGGAGGUGUUUGUAGAUGAUGAAACCAAGCUGACGCUCCAUGGCCUGCAGCAGUAUUAUGUCAAAUUGAAGGACAGUGAAAAGAACCGCAAAUUGUUUGACCUGCUGGAUGUGCUGGAGUUCAACCAGGUAGUGAUCUUUGUAAAAUCUGUGCAGAGAUGUGUGGCACUGGCACAACUCCUGGUGGAGCAGAACUUCCCUGCUAUAGCUAUUCACAGGGGAAUGAUGCAAGAGGAGAGGCUGUCCCGAUACCAACAGUUUAAGGAUUUCCAGAGAAGAAUCCUGGUGGCUACUAACCUCUUUGGACGUGGUAUGGACAUUGAAAGAGUUAACAUAGUCUUCAAUUAUGACAUGCCGGAGGACUCUGACACCUACUUGCACAGGGUGGCCCGUGCAGGGCGCUUUGGCACUAAAGGUCUGGCUGUGACGUUUGUGUCUGACGAGGAAGAUGCCAAAAUUCUGAAUGAUGUCCAAGACAGAUUUGAAGUCAAUGUGGGAGAGUUGCCCGAUGAGAUAGACAUAUCCACUUACAUUGAACAGAGUCGAUAACCCUGCCCUGCCGUCUUCAGCAUCUCUCCUGGCUCCUCCUUUGCUCUCUUGUCUGGCUGCACCGCCCGUGCCAGGGAAAAGUGUUUUACAACCUUGUAGGGUUUAUUUUUUAUUCGUGGCUUUUGUGUAAAGAAGGGAUAAUUAAAAACUUUUUUUAUGGUU